AUGCUGGAGCUCAUCCUCGGGGAACUUUUCUCUUGCAGAGUGAAUGCUUUGGGAUGUUUCAAUCACUUUUCUGGCUAUUUUUGUGCUUGCUCGUCCAACAAACUUGAUGGCUUCGAAACUGAAUGUAUGUCCUUGUUCAUUGCAAUUGAAGCUACCAAUGAAUUUGGGUCUCCUCGUCUGACGGUUCGCUUGUGUUCUUGCAAUCUGGUGUUAUCAGUCCUCGUGUACAAUGCUGUGGUCAAUUUGUCCCAAGGUUAUGGAGUAUUUCUUCACGUGGGCUUAUGUGGUUUGGGAUUUCUACAGGACCUCUCCUACAAGGAUCGUCACUGGCAUGAAACCUGCUUCCAUUGCUUCCAGUGCAAGAACUCCUUGGUGGACAAACCUUUUGCUGCGAAGGAAGAGCACCUCCUGUGUACCGAAUGUUAUUCAAAUGAAUACUCCUCCAAGUGUAGUGAGUGCAAAAAGACCAUCAUGCCAGGGACACGGAAGAUGGAAUAUAAGGGAAGCAGUUGGCAUGAGACCUGUUUUAUCUGUCAUCGGUGCCAACAGCCCAUUGGAACAAAGAGUUUUAUUCCCAAGGACAAUCAGAAUUUCUGUGUGCCCUGCUAUGAGAAGCAGUUUGCUAUGCAAUGUGUACAGUGCAAGAAGCCAAUAACUACUGGAGGAAUUACUUACCGAGAGCAGCCAUGGCACAAAGAGUGUUUUGUGUGUACUGGAUGCAAAAAACAGCUCUCUGGACAACGUUUCACUUCCCGAGAUGAGUUUGCAUAUUGUCUGAACUGCUUUUGUAGCCUCUAUGCCAAGAAGUGUGCAGGAUGCACUAACCCAAUAAGUGGGCUUGGUGGCACCAAGUAUAUUUCUUUUGAGGAACGGCAAUGGCACAAUGAUUGUUUCAACUGCAAGAAAUGUUCCCUAUCGUUGGUGGGCCGUGGUUUCCUCACAGAAAGAGAUGACAUCCUAUGUCCUGAAUGCGGGAAAGACAUUUAAAAAGAUAAAAAGCAUUUUUGGGAAAAAAAUGUAUUUACGAUACAUGUUUUCUAACAUACAUAAUGAUGUGCAUGAGUUUUGAUCAAAAGUGCAGAAAGUAAUCAUUCCCCCCCCCCCCCCCCCCAGCAAUAGUUAACACUAGCUGUUUUUGGGUGCUAUGCCUCAACACAAUAUACUUAUACAAAGGAAACAGAGCCAUGAUUGCUGGUCACAUCUGCAGUUUUAUUGUAGAUUAGAGCUCAUCUUUCAGACCUCAGCCUCCCUUUAUAGAGCAGAUUUGAGAGCUUCUACUCAAGUUUGAACAAUUAGGUGGUAGAAUCUAGCCAACAUCAGCUGAUCUUGAAAAGCUAAGCUAGUUUAGAUUUAAUAUUUGGACAGGAAACUACCCAAAAUUCUAAGGCUGUGUAUUUGACAGAAUUAAAAAAAAAUCUUGAAGGAAGGUGGUGGCAAGCCACUUUGGCAUUGAGAAGAAAAAAUCAUCUCCAUUCAGUCACCAAGGAAUUGAACUCAUUUGAAAGAGACUUUUUUUACUCACAUUCACUUAAAAGCAAGUAAAAAUAUCACUAGAAUAUAUUCCAGAUGUUACGGAGCAAUUAAACAGAGUUUCAAAUUGUGCAGAGGUCUUACUGAGCUCAACUGAGAGAUUGGAAAUAAAAAGGUUUGGUCUGGAUGAUGGAGCCUGGCUAACGGAGAACUUGUGUAGGCAUUCUAUCUGGGUUUUCUCUCUUUUUAGACUGUAGAAACGUAUCCGAGUAGAUAUAACAGAGAAAAGGUAACUUUUUUUAAAUAUCAGUUAUCAAGCAAUACUUCUCAUUGCUAAAUGCAAAACGACCAAUACAAAAUUUGGGUGAGUUAGAUGAUAUCACUAUAAUUUUCUCUUUGUCAGAUAAAAUUAAGAUUUUCUGAAGAAUUACAAUUGCCACCGAUUGUGUUGGUGGAGGAAGAAUCAAUAUUUAAAUUUCCCAGUUCACAAAUGUAUAGAUUAUAAUAAUGUAGGUUAAUUUAGGUACAUAUCAGUAAUACUAUAUUUAUGCCAUACCUUAAAAAGAUUUAUUAAAGAAUGUGAUUUUCUUCAUCAGCAUUCGGAGCUGUUCCCAUUUCCAAACACAUGAACUGGUUUCCAAAUAAAUGCCCAAGUUUGGUGGAUGCAAAUAUACAAAACAUUAUUUCAGGAAUUUGCAAGAUUAUUACACAAAGUACAGUUUUUAUUCCUAACAGUUUUUUUAAAUUUCAUUGCACCUUAGAAAUUGCAAAGUAAUAAAUGUAUUUCUAGCAAAGUGUUGUAUUUUUGUGAAUUUGGACAUUUUAAUAAAUGUUAAC